ACACACUUGUUAAUUAUAUUUGAAGGCCAAAAGGUAUGAGAAUAAUAACACCUGAUCGACGAUAACAAUAGCUUGCAAGCAGUAUAUAUAGAGUAGAAUCGCAUGGUUCCUACAUUCAUUCAAGAAUCUCUUCUCCGUGGUUCAAAGAUUUAUUGUUAUCAGUCAUGAAGUACAUCUUCCUUAUUGCCCUGAGCGUUGUAGCAGCCAGUGCUAUCGUCUGCCCACCAGACGCCUGCAAAAAUGUAAACUGCCCAGCAGUCGAAAACUGUGUAGAUGGUGAACUUGGAAAAACAUUUUGUUCAUGUUGUGAUGAGUGCAUAAAAUAUUUGAAGGAAGGAGAUCGCUGCAUUCCCGAAGGUAUGUUUGGAAUCCCAGUCGCCAGCAAGUGUGGUCUUAAUCUUGUCUGCAGCAGACGUUCCGGAACUUGCAUCAAACCAUUGGAUUACGCUACAAAAACUUGUACACAACUGAAAUCGGAGACUGAGGGCAAGAAUUUGCUUGGAGCAUUUAUUCCUCGAUGUGAAACUGAUGGAACUUUCUCUGCUGUCCAGUGUCAUGGAUCAGUGUGUUACUGUGCACACACAGAUGGUACGCAUAUCCCAGGAUUCCAAUCUGCCAUUCAUAAUAUCCAAGGAAUGAAUUGCAACUGUGCCCGCCAUAAGUUCGCAUAUGGAAAGACUGGCUUGAUUGGCAAACUGUUCCGCUGUGAACCCAACGGUAACUACAACAAAAUCCAAUGUACAGGAAGUGCAUGCUAUUGUGUUGACGAGGCUGGCAAACAAGUUGGUGGAUCAGUUCAUAUUACCAAGAGUGAAUCAAUGAACUGCUAGAGAGACACUGCCGAAGAUCUCUGUUUGAGAGAAAUUUGAAUCAGGGUUUUAUUUUGGUGUCAAAAUAAAGAAAAUUU